AAGAAGGACACAGCGCACAAGAGAACUUUUUGCUCUCGUCACCUUAGAAACUUCAGAGCGUCCAAAUCAGUUGCAGCACCUGCAUGGAUGUUCCUCUGCAGUUCCACCCAGACGACAAGUGAUCAAGAGUGAAUCCAUAUAUUGUUUCCUGCUCAAUCCCUUGAGCUCCAACCAUGUCCAAGGAUGAACUGGGCUGCAAGUUGGCACCAGUUUACAAGCACAAGGAGCGCAAACCCAAGAAACCGCACUACAUUCCCAGGCCAUGGGGGAAGCCCUACAACUACAAGUGUUUCCAGUGCCCAUUCACCUGCAUGGAGAAGUCCCACCUUUAUAACCACAUGAAGUACAGCUUAUGUAAGAAUUCCCUGUCUUUGCUCAUUGAAUCUGACUGGCCCUAUAAGAAAGGCAACCUCCUUCACCCAGAGCUCCGUCUUUUGCAUGCCACCGAGGCAUCCCGAGCGCGAGGGAGGCAGGAUGAAGCCGAGGCUUGCGAUCCCACUGGUGUCACCAGUGCCACGCUCUCCUCGGAUAGAGAAGGCGGAAGAGAGAAGCCCACAGGGGCAGAAGAGACGUCUUCAGAAAGAAUGAGCGAUGAAGCCAACCAAUUCCAGGAAGAGGAAGAGGAGGAGGAAGUGGAGGAGAUGUCCAGGCUAUUGCAGGAAGUCAACUCUGUUGAGAAGAAGGAGAAGGCCAAAGAGACCAAUGCAAUUGGAGAACCCACUGAGCCCGACAUGAACGCCUUGCUCUUCCAGUUUAAAAACAAACGGGAGAAGGCCUGCAAAGACCCUGCGCCAGACUUCAUCAUCACAGAUGUUUUCUCCUUAAAGAAGCAUGCGGCGAAGGGAAAGGAGCCAGCCUCACUGGAGAUGGAAGCCAAACCAAAGCCUUGCAAAGUGCCCAAGAAAUGUUCAGGGAGCAGCAGCGUCCUUAUGGAACAAUGGAAGCUUGUUGCCAACGGCCAAAGGAGAGGGGGCCCCAGUGAGGUCCCAGCAUCAUGCCCUGACGGCAACAUCAUCCCAUGUUACCCCCCGCCAGCCUACGGGGAAUUCCACGAACCCCAGAGCCUCAAUCUCUCCUUGCUGGGGAUCAACUAUCCAUUGAACCCCAACCUCUUCUCUUAUCUCAGCCCUUCUGUGGCAAGCAGUGCCACGCCACACUCCCACUUGACGCAGCUUCCUUUCCUGGCCUCCACGGCCCAGCUCAUGCACCCCCAUUCUGCCCAUUUCCAGCCCCUCCAGAACCCAGAAAGGUCAGCUUUCCUCCCACGCUUCUACUACCCGUUGCUGUUUGAACACUCCUUCACCUCGGCAGAAAGCAAGGUGGCCAACGUUAAGCCAGAGGCCCAGCAGCCACCUGCGACAGCCAUGCCUGCCCCUUCCCAACCCAAACCUCCUGUGGAGCCACCCAAGGCAGGUCUUCUGAAAGUGCCGGUGCUGAAGACCAGCCUCCCCUGGAUGAAAGGCUUUCGGGAAGAGCCCCCUCCUGAGCACGUCCACAAGGCCUUGUUGCUCCAGGAUGAAGAAGACAAGUGGUUGCUCCAUGACAAGGAGAGCCACUCUUUGAUGGGUGUCAACAGCCUGUGCAGAAAGCCAACCAUAGCAGAUGCCUACCAGAACAUCGUUGGCAUUAAAGACGGAGCAGCUCUUCUCCCCAACAGCAUCAGGAAAGCAGACCUCCCCCCUGUGUCCGCCUGCUUGGAUGGAGGUGGGAUUGCCAUGAAUAACUUGAAGAGGAAGUUUGCAGGGAAUGGCCUCGAUUUUGUUGGCUCAAAUAUGCUGGUGCCUGGAAAAGUGACUUACCAAGCCAGCGGUUUGAGAGCUGCUCCCACUCAACCCUCGAAGCCUCUGGACCAUUGGCACAGGGAGCUCCAUGCUUGCCCAACUGAAGACCAGGAGAAGACGCGUGGCACCGACAUUGUAUCCCCUGUAAUUACAUCUCAAGAUCACCUCUUUUUUAAACCAAGCAAAGAACAAGUGAUAGCAGCAAGCCCCAAAGACCCAGAAGCGACAACUGUACUCAUUGGGGACUUGUCCAAAACAUUAGAAGAGUAUCAGGAGGUGGAGAAGAAGCUCUCAGACCUAGCCAAAGAGGACACUCCAGCCCAGAAGCAGCUAAGGGAUCAGCUGGUCAAAAUCCGGCAAGAACUUUUCCACAUCCACCAGGCGCUGGAGAAAGCAGCCAAGCCCUGUGAAGGUCCUCUUGAUCUCUCUGUGAAAAGACCCUCCCAAGAUGUAGAGAAAGGCUACCAAGAUGGAAAAGAGCCCAAGGCCAGUUCUAGGUAUGGCAAGGAUCCAGGCUCCAUCAGUCACUGCUUGGCUGUGGAUGAAGCCUUCCAAGAAGAUGAGGAAUCGGAUUGUCUCCUGGAGAAUGAGAGCAAGACCAUCGACCUGCUGAUCAAGAUGAGCCGCUCGGAGCAUCUUCGGGCCUCUUCAGCUGAAGCCAGCUUAGGCACAGUGAUCAAAGCUGAGGUGCUGCCCCUCGGCGUCCCUCUUGAACUCCGGCAUGCAAUGGAGCCGUACUACAGCCGCACCACCAAAUGCGAGGCCGAUUCCAGUGUCCUGCUUUGCACCGAUGGGAGGUCCAACACCAAUGGCAACCCAGGCCCUCCGCUCUCGGUGGCUGAAGACGUCCCCCUCGGGUGUCGAGCCGUCCCACGCUCCUUGUCCUGUGGCCUGCCAAGCGAGUCCGACCGGAUGUGCAUCCACAGCCCAUUGAACACAGACCCAUGAUGCUCUUGGCUGAUGGGCCUCCAGAGCUCAUUGACUUUUUCUCUCUCUGAAAACCUUUUCCACAAUCUCCCUCUAAGCUCCCUUUUUUAAAGUACAUCUUUCAGCUAUAAUAAUAAUAAUAAUAAUAAUAAUAAUAAUAAUAAUAAUAAUAAUAAUAUACUUUAUUUAUAUUCUACUCUAUCUCUCUGAGGGGACUCAAGGCAGAUAUGGCAAACAUAAAGGCUUCCCAUCUUUUUCAUCUCUGGCAUCUGGAGAAUGUGCUCAACUCUGGCCAUGGGGUGGUGCUGUUGAUCCAUCUUCCAUGUUGA